AUGUGUUUCGCAAUAAACCAACAAUCGAACAAAGUGAAACAACAUGCGGAUGCUCUCUGCCUGCCCGCCGGCUUCACAAUUAUUCUCGUGUACACCUUCCUCCCAUCGCCAUCAGCCCCGGAAGCUCUCUUCAAUAAUCUGGUGGAGGAGUCUGUCAUGACGAUCCUCCAUUCAAAGGCGAUCGCAGUGAUUCUCGUAAUAGUUUCGUGCCGCAGUACUCUCGCAGCCUCCGCCUCGAAUAGCCCGGUAGCCGACAGCGUCCUGGUGGCCACCAAGCUGGCGGACACUCCUGUUGGACUAGACCCCAUCGACUCGGAUAUCACCCUUAAAACUGGUUCACUCAUACCACAUAAUUAUCCACCAACGGGCGUGGAAAAAACCAGACGACCAGAAAUUAGCAUCCCAGAUGCACUCGACAUGCUCACAGCCGGGCCUAACAGCCAGGCAAAUUCACUCGACAGGCUCGUCUCUACACGAAAAGGUCCCCGGAGGAACCGUAAAUCCGGUAGAAUAAACGAUUGUCCUCCGGGCCGAAAAAGUGCUUACAAGCCGCGAGUUGACUCGACCAAAGAAGUAAAUGAAGACAUUAAAGGUCAUGAAAUUUCCCGGACAGGCGAUUCCCCCAUUCGAGGUCCGGCGAAUGUUGAGAAGAAAACAUUCGACCAUUUGGGUGACGUUCCUGCACUGAACAGUCUCUCGGCACCCAGCACAGCGGAUAGAGUCCCAGUCGCCGACAAAUCAAGUAGUCGAGCCCUCCAAGAUCCUGCGGAGCCUCAUCAAGUCAAACCAAGCACUCAAGAGACUGAGAAUAUUUCUUCAAUCGCUAAAGUAGAUCCACAUUCUCAAGGAGAUAACGUUGAAGUGGGGGCGAACGGACGUGUCCCUCAAUCCCCUCGCGAUGCCACCAAACCGGCUUUAAUCUACAAAAGCACUUCGAUGCCUGAAUUAGCCUCCUUAGUAGAAAUUGAACCUGAGCGCAAGGAGAGACCCGUACUGCACCUCGCACCGGAAAACGCAGCUCCUAAAGUAGAGGCCCAGCUGGAGCUUUCGAGAGAUAUCAAACCACUAACCGCCUCGGUGGAAGAACCAAGCCCGCCCUCUAUGGCACCAGAAGCAAUUGACUCCUUGCAUCAUGCCUUCCCGGAUUCCUCAACGCCCAAAGCACUCAAUCCUUACACGGGACAACAUGAUACGUUGACACAUCCGCCUGUGGUUGCAACCGAGCUAUCAGAUCACCUUCUUGACAGGCUCAAAAAUCUUAGAGUGGGCAUACCGAGAAGCCCGAGCUUUGACUUCAACGACUCUGCGCAUCCCCUCGUGAACAUGCCAAUGACUCAGGAAGCUCCAUCAUCUACCGGCAGUUUCGACUCCGCAGUUGAUAUGCCUAUGGACAGCCCAUCCAGGUCACCUGUCGCUCGGACGGAAGAGACUGAUUAUUCAACACAUUCGCCUACAUCUACAGGCAGCAAUGUCUCCGCAGAUGACAUCGAUAUGAACGACCCCUCCAGGUCACCUAUCGCUCGGACGAAAGAAACUGAUCAUUCAACACAUCCGCCUACAUCUACAGACAGCAAUGACUCUGCAGAUGAUAUUGCCAUGAAUAGCCCCCCCUGGUCACCUGUCGCUCGGACGGAAGAGACUGAUUAUUCAACGCAUUCGCCUACAUCUACAGGCAGCAAUGUCUCCGCAGAUGACAUCGAUAUGAACGACCCCUCCAGGUCACCUAUCGCUCGGACGAAAGAAACUGAUCAUUCAACACAUCCGCCUACAUCUACAGACAGCAAUGACUCCAUAGAUGAUAUUGCCAUGAAUAGCCCCCCCAGGUCACCUGUCGCUCCGCCGAAAUGGAUAGAUCAUUCAAUACAUUCGCUGGUUCCAUCGAAACUCUCAAAGAUCUUUGAAUCCGACACUGAAUCUGCGAAUACCCUUAUGUCCAAUCCAAACAGUCCAACAAAAUCUUCAACGUCUCGAGGCGUCUUUGAAUCCAAAGAUGAUAUCACUGAGCAAAAUACCCCUGUAUCUAAUCCAAACAGUCCACAAAAAUCUUCCCCGUAUCGAGGCGUCUUUGAAUCCAAAGAUGAUAUCACGGAGCAAAACUCUUCCAGACCUAAUUCACCUAGGCUUCUAGGACUUAAUUCACCUUGGCUUCUUGGACUUAAUUCGCCUUGGAAUCUCAGACCUAAUUCGCCUUGGUUUCUCAAACCAGAUUCACCUAGGCUUCUCGAAACUAAUUUACCUUGGUUUCUCAAACCAGAUUCACCCGGGCUUCUCAAACCAGAUGCGCAUAGGCUUCUCGGACCUGAUUCACCUACGCCUCUGAUGAAACAAUCUGAUCACUCAACAAAUCAGGUGGUAACAACAGCGGACGUCUCAAAUGACCAAUCUCAGCCACCCGAGAAGCUGAGCGCCGAGAAGAAAUCUGACGUCGGAGCCCUAAUGAGGAGCUUGAGUUUUAACUCCGAUUCUGACGAUGAAUAUUACCUUCCGGGGCUCGCCGGAGGUCCACCAAUUCUAAUGUCUACAGGAAGCGUUACAUCGGAAGAUGAUUCCUCAAAACCAAAGCCAAAGCCAAGCAUCCCCCAAGUUCUUACCGCACGUCGUAUCGUUGAGUGGUUGGAAGAGGCGGCCCAACAUGAUCUCACCCGAGAAGAUGUGCCCCAUAAUAUGAUAUCCUUCAAUGCCCCGGAAAUGAAUCCAAGUUUGUCAUCUCAGAAAACUCAGACUGAAGAGUCUUCUCAGAUGGCUGAAACUCAGCACAAAACUCCCGAGACAGUCCCACGAGAACAACUGGGAACUGCAAUCUUAUCUACCAAAGAGCCACAGCCAGCCUCACUAAACCAGCACGAAGAAGUGACAUCAUCUACCAAAAAGCUGGGAGGCGUCAAUCGGAAUUCCUCGCCUUCUCUGACGGAUCAGAAUAAACUCUUGCCAAGCUAUUCUGAUGUGAUUGCUAGAAUAGAUAAGAAUGAAAAAAGUCUGGAAAAGGUGCAGGAGGUCUUGGAGAAGAGUCCGUCUAAUCCUACAAGCCCCGAAUCAUUUACACCACCGCUGCAAGUGGUAGAACCUGGUUCAUUGAUGCGAGGGUACAUUCGAAAUGAACGUGAAAUAUUGAAAAUGAAAAAGGAAGAUCCGCCUCCGUUGGUGCAAUUGCCCAUCUUUCGAGUGAAUCCUAAUCCACGGCCCCGAAAAAAGAAAUUCCGAUUUGCCCAAUUGUUCGACAGGAAGACCCAGCAACAGUUCGCUCGAAUCUCACAGCGUCUCCGCUCCUUCGCCCAGAGGAUCUAUCGCAUACUGAGUCAGCCUAACAGAGUGAUCUCCAAGAUCUAUCAGUUCCUUAAAAGCCCCUUCCCUUCUACGCCUGCAAACCCUCCAAAGUAG